CCCUCGGGCCGCGAGAGGUGCCGGGAUCGCGGGAGCAGGCUGGGCCAGCGGCUCCUGGGAGGCUGCGUUCGCACACCGGCGGGGUGAGGCGAUCGGGCCCUGCGCGUCAGGCCUGAGACCUGGGAGGAAGCUGGAGAAAAGAUGCCCUCUGAAUCUUUCUGUUUGGUUGCCCAGGCUCGCCUUGACUCCAAAUGGUUGAAAACAGAUACACAGCUGUGCGGUCAGAGAAGAAAUGCCUUAGGAAGCCAAGCAAGUGGCUUUUGGAAUAUACCGAAGAAUAUGAUCAGAUAUUUACUCCUAAGAAAAAACAAGAGAAGGUACAGGAGCAGGUGCACAAGGUACGUUCCCGCUGUGAAGAGGAAAGCCUUCUAGCCUGAGGUCGAUCUAGUGCUCAGAACAAGCAGGUGGACGAGAAUUCUUUGAUUUCAACCAAGGAAGAGCCUCCAAUUCUUGAAAGGGAGGCUCCAUAGACCAGGCGCGGUGGCUCACGCCUGUAAUCCCAGCACUUUGGGAGGCCAAGGCGGGUGGAUCGUGAGGUCAGGAGAUUGAGACCAUCCUGGCUAACACGGUGAAACCCCAUCUCUACUAAAAAUAUAAAAAAUUAGCCAGGUGUGGUGGCGGGUGCCUGUAGUCCCAGCUACUAGGGAGGCUGAGGCAGGAGAAUGACGUGAACCCAGGAGACAGAGCUUGCAAUGAGCCGAGAUCCUGGGACUGCCCUCCAGCCUGGGCGACAGAGUGAGACUCUGUCUCAAAAAAAAAAAAAGAAAGGAGGUUCCAUGGCUCAGUCAGAACUUGGAGGUGGACAUGCUGAGUUGCUGCAGCUGACCUUGUCUGUACCUGUGGCUCUGGAAGUCUCUCCACGGCCUGCCCUUGAGUCUGAGGAAUUGCUAGUUAAAAUGACAGGAGUUUAUGAAAGUAAACAUCAAAGAAAACCAACUAAGAAACUUCUUGAAUCCAAUGAUGUAGACCCUGGAUUUAUUAUGCCCAAGAAGGGGGACCUUGGCCUUUCUAAAAAGAGUCUGGCUCUGUUGACCAGGCUGGAGUACAGUGGCGCGAUCUCAGCUCACUGCAGCUUCCGCCUCCUAGGUUCAAGCGAUUCUCCUGCCUCAGCCUCCCGAGUGCCUGGGAUUGCAGACGGCGGAAUUUCACUGUUGUUGUCCAGGCUGGAAUGCAGUGGCGAGGUCUCGGCCCGCCAGGGCCUCCACCUCCCGGGUUUGGGUGGUUCUCAUGCCUCAGCCUCCCGAGUGGCUGGGAUUGCAGGUGGUGGAAUUUCACUGUUGUUGCCAAGGCUAGAAUGCAGUGGCUGGGUCUCGGCCCACCGUGGCCUCCGCCUCCCAGGUUUGCGUGGUUCUCCUGCCUCAGCCUCCGAAGUGCCUGUGAUUGCAGACGGCGGAAUUUCGCUGUUGAUACCCAGGCUGGAAUGCAGUGGCACGGUCUCGGCCGGCCGUGGCCUCCACCUCCCGGGUUUGGGUGGUUCUCAUGCCUCAGCCUCCCGAGUGGCUGGGAUUGCAGGUGUGAGCCAUGAUGCCCGGCUAAUUUUUUUUUUCUUUUUUCUUUGGGUUGAGACGGGGUUUCUCCAUGUUGGUCCAGAUGGCCUGGAGCUCCCGACCUCUGGUUCUCCACCUGCCUGGGCCUCCCGGGGUGCUGGAAUUGCAGGCAUGAGCCACCGCACCCGGCCCACUUUAUUAAUCAGAAUGGAAUACAUCCACCUGGCAUGGUGGCUCACGCUUGUAGUCUCAGGACCUUGGACGGCCGAGUGCGGGAGAUGCCUUGAGCUUAGGAGUUGCACACUGGCCUGGGCAACAUGGUGAAACCGGUCUCUCUCUCUCUCUGUUUUUUAUUUUAUGACGGAAUUUCGCUCUUGUUGCCCUGGCUGGAAUGCAGUAGCCUAGUCUCGGCCCGCCAUGGCCUCUGCCUCCCUAGUUUGGAUGGUUCUCUUCCCUAAGCCUCCCCAGUGGCUGGGAUUGCAGAUGUGAGCUGUAAUGCCUGGCUAAUUUUUUUUUUUUUUUUUUUUUUGGGGUAGAGACGGGGUUUCUCCAUUUUGGUCCGGCUGGCCUGGAGCUCUCGACAUCUGGUGAUCCGCCCGCCUGGGCCUCCCGGAGUGCUGGGAUUGCAGGUGUGACCCACCAUGCCUGGCCCAAUUUAUUUAUUUAUUUAUUUUUAUUUUUUUUUGAGACGGAGUCUCUCUCUGUCUCCCAGGCAGGAGUGCAGUGGCGCAAUCUCGGCUCACUGCAAGCUCCGCCUCCCGGGUUCACGCCAUUCUCCUGCCUCAGCCUCUCCGAGUAGCUGGGACUACAGGCGCCCGCCACCACGCCCGGCUAAUUUUUUUUUUGUAUUUUUAGUAGAGACGGGGUUUCACCAUGGUCUCGAUCUCCUGACCUCGUGAUCCGCCCGCCUUGGCCUCCCAAAGUGCUGGGAUUACAAGCAUGAGCCACCGCGCCUGGCCCCGGCCCAAUUUAUUAAUCAGAACGGAAUAGAUCGGCCGGGCGUGGUGGCUCACGCUUGUAGUCUCAGGACCUUCGACGCCGAGCGCAGGGGAUCCCUUGAGCCUAGGAGUUCCAGACUGGCCUGGGCAACAUGGUGAAACCGGUCUCUCUCUCUCUUUUGUUUUUUUUAGGGCAGAAUUUCUCUAUUGUUGCCCAGGCUAGAAUGCAGUGGCCCAGUCUUGGCCAUGGCCUCUGCCUCCCUAGUUUGGGUGGUUUUCCUGCCUCAGCCUCCCGAGUGGCUGGGAUUGCAGUUGUGAGCCAUAAUGCCCAGCUAAUUUUUUUUUUUUUUGAGUAGAGACGGGGUUUCUCAAUGUUGGUCCGGCUGUCCUGGAGCUCCUGACCUCUGGCUAUCUGCCCGCCCAGGCCUCCGGGUGCUGGGUUUGCAGGCGUGAGCCACUGCACCCGAUCCACUUUAUUAAUCAGAAAGUAAUAGAUCGGCCUGGUGUGGUGGCUCACGCUUGUGAUCCCAAGACUUUGGACAGCCGAGCGUGGUGUAUCACUGGAACCUGGGAGUACCAGACUGGCCUGGGCAACAUGGUGAAACUAGUGUCUCUCUCUCUCUCUCUCUCUCUUUUAUUUUUCCUAGGGUGGAAUUUCACUGUUGUUGCCCAGGCUGGAAUGCAGUGGCUCAGUCUCGGCCCGCCGUAGCCUUUGCCUCCCGUGUUUGGGUGGUUCUCCUGCCUCAGCCUCCCAAGUGCCUGGGAUUGCAGACAUGAGCCAUAAUGCCCAGCUAAUUUUUUUUUUUGUGUGUGUGUGUAGAGACGGGGUUUCUCCAUGUUGGUCCGGCAGGCCUGGAACUCCCGACCUUGGGUGAUCCGCCCGACCAGGCCUCCCUCACCCCUAAGAUUGCAGGCAUGAGCCACCGUGCCAGGCCCAAUUGAUUAAUCAGAAAGGAAUAAAUCGGCCUGGCAUGGUGGCUCACACUUGUAGUCCCAGGACCUUUGACGGCCGAACGCGGUGGAUCACUGGAGCCUAAGAGUUCCAGACUGGCCUGGGCAACAUGGUGAAAGCGGUCUCUCUAUCUCUUUUUUUUUUGUUAGGGCGGAAUUUCACUAUUGUUGCCCAGGCUGGAAUGCAGUGGUGCGGUCUCGGCCUGCCGUGGCCUCCACCUCCCGGGUUUGGGUGGUUCUCCUUCCUCAGCCUCCCGAGUGGCUGGGAUUGCAGGUGUGAGCCGUAAUGCCCUGCCAAUUUGUGUGUGUGUGUGUGUGUGUGUGUGUGUGUGUGUGUGUGUGUAGAGAGGGGAUUUCUCCAUGUUAGUUUGGCUAGCCUUGAGCUCCCGACCUUGGGUGAUCUGCCUGCCUAGGCCUCCCGGGGUGCUGGGAUUGCAGGCGUGAGCCACAGCACCCGGCCCAAUUUGGUAAUCAGAAUGCAAUACAUUGGCCUGUUGUGGUGGCUCACGCUUGUAGUCUCAGGACCUUGGACGGCCGAGUGCGGGCGAUCCCUUGAGCCUAGGAGUUCCAGACUGGCCUGGGCAACGUGGUGAAACUGGUCUCUCUCUCUCUCUUUUUUUUUUUAGGACCGAAUUUUGAUCUUGUUGCGCAGGGUGCAAUGGAGUGGGCAAGUCUCGGCCCGCCAUGACCUCUGCCUCCCUAGUUUGAUUGUUUUUCCUGCCUAAGCCUACCGAGUGGCUGGGAUUGCAGGUGUGAGCCAUAAUGGCUGGCUAAUUGUUUUUUUUUUUUUUUUUUGCGGGGGUAGAGACAGGGUUUCUCCAUGUUGGUCCAGCUGGCCUGGAGCUCCCGACCUCCGGUGAUCUGCCCACCUAGGCCUCCGGGGUGCUGGGUGUGCAGGCAUGAGCCACUGCUCCCGGCCCACUUUAUUAAUCAGAAAGUAAUAGAUCGGCCUGGCGUGGUGGCUCAUGCUUGUGAUCCCAAGACUUUGGACAGCCAAGCGCGGUGGAUCACUGCACAGGCCAGGUAAAGCCAUGUGUUCAGGUUUCAUGAUGCUAGUCAUGUAGAAACCAUAUUUGCAUAAUAAAAGAUGCGGGUGUGAGGGCCAGUUUCUUCAUGGUCUGUGUAAAUGGCACACCUGGUGAAACCAAUAUCCUGGGCUUUAUGUAAAUCAGUCACCUCCUCCUCAAGCCUGUCUACAAAAUCAAUCAUAUCCUGCCCCAAACCCAGAAACCCUUGUGGGCAAUCCACUUUCUCUGUAUAAGAAAGCUCUCUCUCUCUUGCUCUCUCUCUUUCUCUCCUUUUUUGUCUGUUAAAGUUUCCACUCCUUAACCCGCUCAUGUGUGUUAGUCUGUAUUGUUAAUCCUCUGGGCGCCAGACAAUGAACCCUGAGUAUUUACCCCAGAUACUGAAGCUGCUUCAGGAUGGGCACCUGCUCCAGAGCUAAGAGCUGAAAAACUACCUGUUGGGUAUUAUGUUCACUGUUUGGGUCAUGGGGUAAAUAGAAGCCGAAACCUCAGCAUCAUGCAAUAUACCCUGGUCACAAACCUGCACAUGUAUACCCUGAAACAAACAAACAAAUUGUGGCUGAUCAUUUUCUGAUACUAAAAUUCAUAUUCUUACAUCAGUGGCUUAAACAUUUCCGUACUUGUGGUAGCAGUGGUGGCGGUGGUGGUGGUGUGUAUGUGUGUGGGUGAUUUCACCUUAUUUUGAAAUAAAGCCAAAGAGAAGUUCUAGAAAAUGAAACUUUUAUUCCCCAGAGGCGAUAUUUUGUUAUAAAAAGCCAUUUGGCAGACACCUCUGAAAGUGUUCAAGCUAUACAUAAAAUUAAUGAAUCUACAAAAUUGUGAGUAUUGAUUCUAUGUGCUUUACCUUACCCAUGACCUUCUCUUACGAUUGUUCUAACAUAACAUUGAAGUAGAGAUGAAUGUGUCUUUCUCCCAGAAAUUGCAGAGAUUUAAGAUGCUCGGUGGGAUCAUUCUCCACUCCAGAUUAUAAUAAAAAGCUUGUAUCUUCACUAUUUUAUUAUCCAGAACGCUGAGCACUACCACGUAUUUGAAGUACAAUAAAAAUUGAUGUUUUUAGUAGUAACAUUGAAAUAUGUGGUCUGGAGGUGCUUUAUGAACCCUCAAACAAGAUCAAAUUAUAUUUCUGCAGAGACAUUUAUGCACCUAAAAUAUAUAAAUAAUUUAAAUGAAUAUAUGAUUAAUAAUUUUCCUCUGCUGUCUCUGAAAAUUAUAAGACAUUUACUGAAUACAACUUUUAAGAUAUGGGGUUGAUUUGUAAGAUGAAAGAGUGAAAGUUUAAGUUCAUUAAAUUAUCUUUAAUAUUCAGACCUUAACUAUUUGCGCUGAAAUCCAAAAUAUAUUCAUGAAAGACUUACACUGUGUGCUUGAUGACAGAAUACACUUAUAUAGAUGAAAAUACACAAAUUAUACUUAAAUACAAAAGAUUUUCUUAUAUUCUUUUUUGUUUUUAUCUCAACUGAAUUUACAAAUGCUCUUUUCACAUAAACUACCUAGCUGUUCCCAGCCAAAGGAAUUAGAGACAUAAAAAUGAGAAAAUGAGUUGGUCAUUUCAUUCUUGUUCAUCUCUCUGUCACUAUAGUAUUAUUUUCCAUUAUUUAUUUUCUAGAACUUAGAUCUAUUUAGUUGUAAUUCAUUUAGUACAUGAGAGGCUGUGUUAAGUAUGUUAAGACUUUGACUUUGUUGAAUUUGGUUAAGUUUUUUUUAAAACUGCACAUCUGGGAUUUUUUUUGCAUUUUUGUUGAAACCUGUAUCAGCUUUAAUGAACAUAUAUCAAUUAUGUUGUCUUACUAAAUUAAUAAUUAUAGUAAAUGAAAAACAUACUAGAAGGUGUUUUCUCAAAAAACAAUAUAACACCUUAAACGCUGCACAAUUUAAUCCUUGAAACUAAAAAUUAUCAUGAGCUUUUAGCCUCUUUUCACUUAGCUCAGUCACCCAAAGCUAAUGAUGACAAAAUCAUCCUAAAAGAUUUUGCCAUCAAUUAUUUCUAUAAAAUAAAGAUUCUUAAAUGUAGAUUAUACUUCAUUUGUAAUAUAAACAUUAAUUUAAUGCUCUUAUCUGUACUGACUACACAGUAUAUACUGUAUAUCAUAACUCUAGUAUUGCUGUUGAAACCACUUUUUGAUAAACAAUGGCAGAUAAAUAAAAAUUUCAUAGGAACAUUCUUUCUGCUGAUGUGAAAAUGGACCAAGCCCUUCUCUGCUGAGCUCAACAAGGGGAUGAUUUCAACAAUAGCCAAAAAAUUAUCAUCACAGGGAAGAGGAAAGAGAGAAAACUGGUCCGUGCUUAGCUGAUUAUAGAAUAUUCACUUACGGCAUCCUUACUGGAAGUAUUUCAGCAUCCUAAACCAUGGAUGCUAUAAACCAGGAAGAACUACUGCUUUGCAAUGAAAGACAAAGAACAAAGGAGGCAAGAAUUAGUACAUGUAGUAAGAAAGCCUCUGAAAAAAGUUCGUAAAAGACCAAGUCAAGCAAAUUUUAAGAAGUGUCUUAGACUCAAGAAAAGUGGACACCAACCAUCUAUUGGUGAAUUAGAAAGUUAUAACAAGGAGUUUAUGAAAGAAAGGUGGAAAUCUGAGACACUCUCUAUAUAAAUAAAAAGCAUUUAUAGCAAUCACUUGAUUUAUGACUUGUCUGUCAGUCUAAGAAAUGUAGUUCCGCUCAAAAUUAGUCUAAAAAGAACACAACACAUGGGAUAGCAGGUAGAGAUAGUAUUGUAGCUGAAAAAUGAGUGUUCUAUAUAUUCAACCCACUUUUAAUUUAUAAUUUGGUUGUUUUGUUUAGCCAUUAUGGUCAGGUAACAGAACUGAUCACUGUACCAUUCUAUAAUAAUCACAUGAUUUAGGCCACUGCUACUUAAUGGCCUUUGAACCAGCAGCAUUUAUGUCAUUUACAAACUUAAAAAUGCAGAAGCUCAGGUCCCGCCAUAGCUAAAUCAGAAUCUUCAAAUUGACAAGGUAUCCAGGUGAUUUGUGUGCAUUUUAAAGUUUGAGAAACACUGAUGUAUAACUACAAUUUUGCCAGUGAUUCCCAAACAUGACUGCAUAUUAAAAUCACCUGGGGAAUUUCUUAUAGGCAGUAAUCCCCAGGCUGCACACACUACAGAUUUUCAUUCAACUGGGCUGGAGGUGAGUGUGUAUAGAUCAUUUUAAAUGCUCAUCACUAAUUGUUUUCAAUGUAUAGCCAUAAUAACUGUACAAAAGAAAAAGAACAUUAAUUUUCAAGACACCUGCACAUAAGACUUACUUGGUUUAGUUGUUAAAAUACCAGACUCACAAGAUCAUCUGGAGAUUCUGAUUCAUGAUGUCAGAGUUUGAGAUCAUGGAUAUUAGCAUCUAUUGUGACAUGCUCUCCAAGUGAUUCUUACAACCACUGAACCAACUUUCUGGACUCUGCCUUUCCAAUAUAAUAUUCCCCUUUAAGCGCUGCUUUUUAUUGACUUUGCUAUCCCAGGCAGCAUAGUUUUCCACUGUCAUCACUUGUUUUGUGUUCUGAUUCUUAAAAUCACUCUGCUUUUAGUUAUACCCUGGAACAUGGCUCACUGGGAAGCCCAACGUUUCAGAAAUAGAAAAAGCUAACUUAGUCUCAAGUCUAAGUAACCUGAGGAGGCAUCCUUGAUAAAGUACCCCUACAUGACCAUUCAAGCUCUUAUUUGAGAUAAGAUAAAUAAAAAUAGAAAUAGUAUGUUCAUUCCUCUGUUUUCCAGUCCUCAGUCUGAGGGCAAGACCUUUUCCCAGACCAAUGACUCAUUAGUAUCAAUGGAAUGUGUUGGCUUUCCUUAAACCACAGUUUGUCUUCCCAUUGAUCCCUAAAACUAGGUUUAACUUCAUUGAACUAGGGAAAAUUGAGGGUUAUGCAAUACAGCUCUAAUAUAUGCUACAUUUGCAUAAUCAUAAUCUUCCAUUCAUCAUACUUUCAUUAAAAGAGGAGACAUAUCUAAGGGUUUUGUGGCUCCAAAAACUGGUAUACAUGAAUGGAAGAUAUCUUAUUGUGUUGAAUUUUCCUAUGCUGAAAUGGUUAGAAGUAAAAAUUAUCUUAAUAGUUCAAUAUAUUAUCCUUAAGAGAACAAAGUUCAAGAACACUAAAAUAAAAAUUUAAGAAAAGCAUCCCCCAUAGGAAACUGUAAUUUAUUGACUUUCUAAAAUUUGUGAAUUCCAAAUGUAAUCACAUGUUGCUGUAAAUCUUACUCCCUUCUUAAGGCAAAGUAAUCAUAUUACUAGUAAUUAAUAAAUUGCCAUAGAAAACCAUGAAGCAAAUAGCUGGAAAUUCUUGAAAUACCAAACUCAUUUUUUAUUCAGAUAAUAGAACUAAGAUCAAGAUAGAAGAUAUGGCUUGUACACCUAAUUUUUAAGCUAGGCUCUAAUUUCAUCUUGCCUGAAUCCAAGUUAAACCUUAUGUUCCCUUUCUUCUUAAUCACUGCCUCUGAGGUAGAGUGAAUCCAGGUGAUCCAGAUUGGGUUUGCUAAGGAUCAUAGCUGAAGGGAACUGAUUAUAUAUAAACAAUUCCAUUUUUCACCUGCUGUGCCUUUUCAAUGACUGCCCAGGUUGCUGUAGGUCAUAAUAAAAUUCAACAGGACUAAGGAUAUGAACAUUUUAUUGAAUAUAUUACCUGUAAAAUGCAAAUAAAUCCUCAAAGAAUUACAUAUUUGGCAGUCAAGCAUGAAGUUUUGUAAAGACUUCUGCGGUAAUUGGACAAUGGUUCUCCUUAGAUUAUUUUAGAUGUACCAUCAUGUAGAGACUUUGGUGCACUGAAACAUGGAGAAUAAAUGUUCCUUAUGUGUUGCCUCCAUGUAUAAAACAGUAUAUGCUGAAUAUAUUUAUGGACAGGGAAAAAUUAUCAUUUCCUAUCUGAAGCUUCUGAAACUUCAUAUGUAAAAAUAUAAAGGGGGCGUUAUUUAAUUUUUAAUAGCAGCAUUUCUUCUGAGGAUGAAUCUAUAUUUUAAAGAAAAUAAGUUACAUGAGUGGGAAAACUUUGAUGUAACCCUGUCUUUGAGAAAGCCUGGAAAUAAAGUGAUAACUAUUUUUCAUUGAAAUGAUUAUAAAAUUGAGGUAAGGGAGAGAAAAGAAGGACAUCUUUGAUGAAGACGAGACCAGCAUGUACAUUAAGCAUAGCUUGUACACUAGGAGAAGACAGAACCUUGAUAUACAUGAACUCAGCUAGUCAGGAGAAUAAACAUGAGAAAUAUUUGUGUCCUUGAAAAAUCGUUUAUAUCCUUUAAAUAUAAACUUAGAAUGUAGUUAAAAUCGAUGCUUAUACGUAAUUAUCAUGCAGAAUAUACUUUUCAUUUUUUACCCUUGAACAUGUAUAAUAAAUUAUUAGAGAAGAGUAGAAAAGAAAAAAAAUUACCUGAACAAUUACAUAUGACCAUCAUUUUUAGAUAAUAAAAUUGAGAUCCAGACAGGCAAAAUAACUCUCUCAAGGUCACAUAAUGUUAGAAGUUACUUUAAAGUCAUAUUACUUUUUUUUCUCUUAAAACUACCAAUUAGUAACUACUGAUGCUGAUUUUUUAAAAAUUUGCAUACAAUAAAUGAAAUAUUUAAUAAUUUAAGAUCUGGGAAAAUAUUAAUUUUCUAAUACUUGUGAUCUGCAAUGAACAGCUUGAAACAGUGAGCACCACACUAUUGGCAUCAGUCAUAUUUCUAGAAUUGAUAUUAAAUUGAUAUUCUUAAAUUGUGAUAUUCUUAAAUUGAUAUAGAAAUUGUGUACUAUGCCGUAAGAAUCAAUAGAAAAAAAUAAAUUUAUGUUUUCCAGUUUUUACAAUUUUAUUUGCUGUUUAUACUGGCUGUUUUAUGUAAUCUAGACACAGGAUAGUGAAAAAUAUUUUCCAUAAAUAAAUGUAUUCUUCCUAGAUAAAAUUGUAGAUUUUUGACUGUGUUUAAUUAAUAAUUUGAGAAAAAAUAAUAAUGUGAUUACACAGAACAAUGCAGACAUACUCUGUCUUGCUGUAGGUUUGAAAUGCAUUUAUUCAAACUAUGAUAGAAUAUAUUAAUAUCUUUUCAGUACAGUUGGACAUCCUUUGUGUUAGAGAGAUUUUGAAAAGCCACAAAUGAUAUGUGUUGAACAUUUAUACAUUUUGUCGCUCAGAGUGCCGUAUUUGUGGCUUUUUAUUGUUCCUGGUAUAACAAUGCACAAAUUACAUUUUUAAUUUUUGUGACAGGUUUUGUGAUUUAUGAUUACAUUUCUUUCAAGUUUGUAGAAUUCUUAUAAUUUGGAUAAUUGAUAAUUAAAAGAACAAUCAUUUAAAUUAAAGUAAAAUUCUACCCUGAUGAAGAAGAAAUACAGAGAAAUAGAACUAAAUACAGAGAGAUUUAUUAUAGGAAUUAGCUCACAUGAUUAUGGAUAUUGGCAAGUCUUAAGAUCUGCAUGUGAGUUAAGAAGCUGGAGACCUAGGAGAGCUGAGGGCAUAGUUCCAGUACAAGUUCAAAAGCCGGAAAACCAAGGCAGUGAAUGGUAUAGUUCUAGUCCAAAGCCAGUAGUCUCAAGACCCAGAAAGAAAGUCUCAGUUCAAGUCAAAAGGUAGGGAAAAAGCUGAUGUCCCAUUUCAACGUCAGGCAGAAAGUAUUCUCUCCUACUCAAGGGGGGAUGAGCAUUUUUGUUGUAUUCAGGGCCUCAACUGAUUGGGAGAGGCCCACAUAUAUUAGCGAGGGCAAUCUGCUUUAAAUGUUAAUUUCAUCCAAAGACACACACAUAGCAACACCGACAAAAAUGUUUAACCAAAUAUUUGGGCACCUCACGACCAGGUUAAAAUUAACCAUUGUAACAUACAUACAAAAUGAAAGUAGAACCGGAUGUGGAAGAGGCAGUAACAUUUUUGAGAGAUGUACAGUAUUUUCCAAAGAGCCACCCAUAGGUUGCUAAAGCUUUAGAGAUACUUUUAAGUUAUUUUAUGUUAGCCCUUUUAUUUCCUCCUGUAUUUCAGUGUAUUUUGCUGCUUGUUUUAUUUCAUAGAAUGUGGACUUAUAAAAAGUUAUUUAAAAAAUGUUUUUGAUUAUCAAUAACGUAAUCCACAUGAUUUGGGAAAGGGGGUUUUGAAAUUAAAGCAGAUUUCAGACAGCAGCCUGUGUUAUACAUACUUUUACACAAGCUCUUCUCCAGUCAUAAUGGGAGAUUUAGUGCCUCAGCAUUUCUCAGUUGUGCAGUACAUAAUAACUGUGUGAAUAAAUACUAUGAAGUCAUACAGAUAUUACUUAUUUGGCUGAAAUAUUGUAGCAAUUGACAGUACAGACAAUCACCUAUGGAACACUAGGGUAAAAUUAGAUAGCAAUUGAGAGACAUUUUAUAGUAGCUAGAUACUAGUUUUAAAAGCAAGCAAUUCAGUAUUUACACUAACUUCCUUUUAGGCCUAGGUCAUAUAAAAUAACUGGUUAUACUGGUAAGUAAAAUUUAAGUAGUCUGGGGGGAAGAAGAGUUUCUAGUUAAUUAAAUCAGGGAAUGAGGCUUCUGAAUGGCUGUGUGAGGAGUCUGGCAAAUCCUUCCUUCAAAAGACAAUAAAAUGGGACAAAAUUGUUAAAAAUAACAAUUUUUUGAGGAAAUUUGACUAAAAUGGCAUACAAUGCAUUGAUAAAUAUUUCUUCAAAAAAUUUGCUGAAUCUAAAUAAAAACAAUGGAAAUAUGUGAUAUUUUAGGUAAGGGUUGCUCCCAUCUCCCCAGUUCUGUCAUACGGGGCAUCUCUCUGGUUGGGCGGGGAAGGCCACCAGAGUGGAAGCUCCCACUGCACCUGCCACUCCACAUUGUGAAAGUUCUAUCCUGGGCUUGUAGGAUGGGCUCGAGGACUGGUAGCUCUCAUUCCCCCCUUUUUUCCAUCACACUUACUACUAUCAUUUAAUUAUUCGUCUAGUGUCUGCCUCUCUAAUGAAAUAUAAGUUCUAGGACAAUGAUUUUUUUUCUGUUGUGUUCAAUGCUGCAACACUUAGAAAAUUUAAUCCACUGUAAGUGGUCAGUAAAGAUUUAUUAAAUUAGUAGAUCUUUUAACUAGUGGUUUCAUUUAAUGUUUGUUUUUUAUCGUGUACAUAUUUGGACUGAUUUUAACCAUCUUAUUUUAUGCUGUUUGUCCUCCUCUUUAAGUUUUCUCUUUUUUUUUCUUUCCCUGACUUGAUUAACUAUUUCUUUGUGGGAUUUUUUUUAUUACUCUACUUUUAUGCCCUCUCCUAGAUUUAGAAGUUAUGCAUAUUUCAAUUUUACUAGCUUUUAAAACUACACUGAAAGACAAGAGCAAAUAUAUUUGAUUUGUGUUUUCUUAUUCUUUAUACUAGAUGUAUAUUAUAUAUAAAUUUGUAUUAACAUUGUUUAGUUUUUAAAAACUAAGAGAAAAUAUGUGCUUGAGCCAAGCCAAAGUUAAAAUCUUUGUUACUAAGAACUAGGUGAGUAAAACCAAAAGAAAAACCUCCCCCAAAAAGCAGCAAAGUUUAUUAAAUAAACAUUUUCUAAAAUGACUCUGAAAGAAAAAUAUUUUAUGUGAAUACUUAUUUUUACCUUCUCUGUUUUUAAUUAUAAUUUUUUUGAACAUUUUACACACAAACACACAUAUAUAAUUCAGGGACAUAAGGAUGUGGCUUGAGGUGAAAUAAAAUGUUAAAAGCAUUAUUUAUAAAAUAAAAAUAAUAAUACACUAGAGGUCUUGUUUUGAUUCCAUUUCUAUUCCCAAAUCUACUAUUAUUUAAUUUUAUAAUUAAAAAAUAGCUGUUGAAUUAAAGUAAAUGCCUUUAAACUUUUUUAUUUCUUAAAUAUAUUAUUCUUACUAACCAACUAUACAUUGUUAUUGAAAGUAACCUAUUAUGUAAUAAAUAUAAAAAUAAUUGAAAAGUAAAAUGUCCAUAACAUAUAAAGUGUUUAAAAAUGAACAGAAAUUAGAUAUCUUAUAGCCUGUCACUCCUGACAUCAAUAAAUUACAUGUAUAAAAUAAACUACCUUCCAUACACAGAAAAUAGCCACCAAAUAAGUUUUAGAAUUACUUAUAAGUUGUGUGCAGAAAGGACAUCCUUCAUGUUUUUCUUUCUCAUCCUUUUAAAUAGCAACUUGAAACACAGUUGGUGAGGACCAGGGCUCAGUUUGGCUUCUGAUAGAAAUUUGGAUACACAGAUUGAGUAUAGUCAUUAAUGGCUAUGCUUAAGUGGAAGGGUGUGUUCAGACCUAAGAUAGGCUGAAAAAUGUUUUCACAAUUUCUAUAACCUAAAACUUAUGGGAAGGCUGUGACAGUGAGGUAACAAAUCUUUGCUAAUAAUUGGAAAGAAAAGGCCAAUUCCUGAAUUAAUUGCCACUGUCUAAAGAGGAUGUGAGUUGACCUCCGAUGCCAACUAACAUGGAAAAAGAGUAAAAUAUUUCAUUAUUUUCCUCAAAGAUUAAUAUGUUACAUAACGCUUGAACAGGAGUAAGAAAGUUCAAAAGUGUAGAUUUUAAAAUAUUUUCUCUAGAUCCUGUGAAUAAGCUCUACAUUUAUAAUGUAGUCAGAUACAAUAGAAAAGAAGAAUAAAUGUAAAAGCCAACAACUAAGACAAAAUCAAAUGAACAUAGAUAUUUAAAAGAUUUUGAAAGAUAGGGGAAAUAUUUUUAAUAUUUGAAUUAACUGGCCUACUGUAAAGCAAUAAUAAUGAAAUGGCUCAUACAACAAAGUGCUCAACAAUUGUGAAACAACUGUUCAUAGAUGAGGAGAAAAUUAAUGACAAGAAAGAGGUCCUUCCACACUAGAAGCCAUUUAGGCUAUAGGUAUGUGUCAAUCUCUACUAGGAACAUAAGAGAACACAAACACAUCUACCUAUCAGAUACAGUCUUUGUGACUUACAAUAAAAAAGAAAGCAUUUUCAAAAAAACAUUGCCACAUGUCUGAGAAAAUCUUAAUUUAGUAUUGACAUAGGUCUCCAAGCAGAUUUUAUUUAUUUAUUUAUUUAUUUAUUUAUUUAUUUAUUUGAGAUAGAGUCUCCCUCUGUUGCCCAGGCUAGAGUGCUGUGUGCUGUGGUGUGAUCUCAGCUCAUUGAAACCUCCACUUCCUGGGUUCAAGGAAUUCUCCUUCCUCCACCUCCCGUGUAGCUGGGAUUACAGACACUUGCCUCCAUGCCUGGCUAAUUUUUGUAUUCGUAGUAGAGAUAGGGUUUCACCAUGUUGGCCACGCUGGUCUCGAACUCCUGACCUCAGGUGAUCUGCCUGUCAAGGCCUCUCAAAGUGCUGGGAUUACAGGUGUGAGCCACUGCACCCAGCCUCCAAGGAGAUUUGAAAACCAAUAUGUGAGAAGUACAGUUUUCAUUAAUUACCAGAUAACGAACCUGUGACAGGGAAGUUUGAAAAUUCAAUCUUUAACAACAGGUAGAAAAUAAAAAGGAAAAAAAAAUUUUAGUAAGGAACAAAGAAUAAGUUUCCAGCACCAUUACUUCAAGAAAAACAAAAUGGGUCAUGGCAAUUAUUAUAUUUUAAAUAAUGGUUGUAAAAAAUCAUUUCUGCUAAGCUCUGAUUGCUACCACCAACAAAUAUCUACUAAAAAUGAUCUAGCAGCUAAAAACAUAAAUGGAUGUCUAAUAUUCAAAAUAUCACACUUUAAACAAACAUCAAACAAAAUAAAAAGCAAUGCAUUCAAAGAAUGAUAAUGUAUCUGUGCUGUAUAAUAACAGUUAAAUUUUAAAUAUUAAGAAUGGUUGAAUUAGCUUAUUCAGUUACAGGCACAAUUUAAUUGAGGUCACUUCUUCGUAAAUUACACGGACUAUUUACAUGGCCAGUGUGUACUCAAAGGAUUAAACAGAGCAUUAUAUUUGUCGUUCUGGGCUUAAGGGCAUUCACUAAAGUGUCAAGUGCAGUAAACCUGUGGUAGUUUUUAAAAAAAUAUUUAGGUAUCUGACAAUUUUAGGUUGUAUAGGUGACAAACAAAUAAAUGUAAGGAGACUAAGAUCUCAUUAAGGUAAAAGGAUCGAAAGCCAUAUACUAAUUUUUUUUUUUUUUCCUGCUUGUUAAAUCAAAGAGCUGGUUCAUGGCAGUGUAGCGGUCUUUUACACAACAAUAAGGAAAAGACAUUACAUCCCAAGAAGAGGUUUGGCUAGUGUCUUAAUCCAUUCCUGCUGCUAUAACAAAAUACCACGGACUAGGUAAUUUACGAAGAACAUCAAUUUAUUUCUCACAGUUCUGGAGGCUGCAAAGUAAAAGGUCAAGGUGCCAGCAGAUGUAGUGUCUGGUGAAAAUUUACUCUCUGCUACCAAUAUGGCAUCUUGUUGCUACAGCCUCACAUAGGGGAAGACAGAAGGGCACAAGGGACUAGGCACUCCCAUCAACCUCUUCUAUAAGAGCACUAAUCCUGUUCAUAAGGGCGGAAUGUUCAGAACCUACUCACUUCUCCAAAUGCCCAACCUCUUAAUACCAUUACAUAGGAUAUUAAGUUCCAACAUGUGAAUUUUGGAGGGACACAUACAUUCGAACUACUACAUAUAGUCUCUGAUAAAUUCAGAGGGGUUACUUCUGCAUCUUUAUCUAUGUGUGCACAGUUCCUCAUGUAAUAAACACAGUGCUUGAAGAUGCUGUUUUUAUUGGCAUAGCCUUCCUUGAUAACCAAAGGAAACAUUUGCCUUAAUAAAUCCAUGGAGAUAAAUUUAAUUAGGUGUUAUUUUACGUCACCCUCAAAUCAUGUCUAAAUCUAUAGUUGGUUAAUCAUCCAAGUUAACAUCGUCAACUGUCUUGUCUUUGUUCUAUAUUUAGUGGAAUUAAAAUUUUUGGAAGUAAACAUUGUGAAACUUCCUAGUAUAUCUGGUAGAUGGGUAAAUAAAUUUCUCUCCUUAUUCUACUUUCAAAAUCUUGUCUAUUUAUUAAGUUAUAUAACUAAAAAUAAUUUUAAUAUUAGCUUGUUUUGGUCCACUGCAUUUAUAUAUUAAUUUGGAAUUAAUUGCCAUCUUUAAAAUAAUGAGAUUAUCCACCCGUGAAGGUGAUGUGGUUCUUUAUUUAUUCCAGUUUGAUUUAUGUCAUCAAAUAAUGUUAUCUAAUUUUCUAAAGAAAGUAUUGUUGAUAUGUUACUUAUAUUAAGUAACUUCUAGGUCUAUUUCUAUUUUCAUUGAGUUGCCUUGGAUUUUUUAUUUGAUCAUUAAUGCUUAAAAAGAAACUCUAUUGGUUUUUGACUAAAUCUAGUAACCCUAAUGUAUUCUUUUACUUGUCUAAUGGUUUUCUAAAACUACUCUUGGAUUUUUAAAUUUAGGCAAGAAAUGUCAAUUUUUUUCUGUACCUUUCCUAUUUAUUUAUUUAUUUUCCCCAAUAUGGAGUCUAUUGUGUUUUCAAUCCUCACAUACAUAUAUAUGUUUUUUUUUUUGAGACAGGGUCUCACUCUGUCACCUAGGUUGGAGUGCAGCUGCAUGAUCUCAGCUCACUGCAACCUCUGUCUACCAGGUUCAAAUGAUUCUCCUGCCUAAGCCUCCUGAGUAGCUUGGGUUACAGGUGCCUGCCACCAUGCCUGGCUAAUUUUUUUGUAUUUUUAGUAGAGAUGGGGUUUCACCAGGUUUGCCAGGCUAGUCUCAAACUCCUGACCUCAUGAUCAGCCUGCCUUGGCCUCCCAAAGUGCUGAGAUUACCAACAUAAGCCACUGUGCCCGGCCUACUUUCCUAUUUUCAUAUUUCUGAUUUUUAUUUAUUAUCUACUAUCUCUGCCUAGAGGCUCUGCCCUUGUGUAAAAUCAGAGCAUCAGUAACUUGCAUUCUUUUUCUUAAUUCUUAUUUCAAUGGCCAGUGGCAUUUAUUUUCUAAAAUAUAAAUCUUUAGUAUCUUAACUUAGGUUUUUGGUAGAAACCUAAAACCAGAUUACAGAAGUUUCCAUCUGUUCUUCAUUUUGCAAGUGUCUUUUUCAUGAGUAAAAGUAGACAUCGAUUUUAUUAUCUUCAUCCAUUGAGUAGUUCGUAUUAUUUUUUCCCUUAAUGUGCUAAUUUAGUAAAUUAUAUUGAUAGGUUUUCUUCUGAUUCUAGGUUAUUCUUGGAUAAACUCUACACGGUUAUGCUCUAUUAUUACUACAGAUAGUGGAAGAAUUUGCUAUAACUUUAACUUUUCUCUCAAUUUGUUUGGAUCUGAAAUUGGCUUAUAAUUCUGUGUUGUACUCAUCCUAUUUGCAUAUUAAAUUUGUAUUAACCUUAUAAGACAAGUUGGUAAAAUGCCUUAAUUUUUUUUCUUUAGAACUUUGUACAAGUUAGGGAUUAUGUAUUUCUUAAAAGUUUGGCAAAAAUCACAUGUAAAAAACAUUUGGGGCUUGAGGUAGAUAAGAGCAGAGGACUAAUUAUAGCCUCAAUUUUUAAAAACAAGUAUUUAUAUACUAUUCAGUUGUUGCUGAUUUUCCAUACGUUCUGUGAUUGAUUUGGGUGUAUACAAUUCCCUAGGUAUUUUCCAUGUUGUUAAAUUUACAGAUUUAGUUUGAAAUGUUGGCCAUAACAUUAUCUUAUUAUUUUUUACUUUAUAGAUAUGUCUUCUUAAUAGUUCCUUAUAUAUUUCCUUUGUAUCAUCUUAUAUAUUUAAUCACAAUUUUCUAUAAUUCUUAUCUCAAAUUCUUUCAAAGAAUCAUCUUUUACUUUAUAGUUUUGUUAUUAUUUGUUUUAAUAUUCUUUUGUGUUUUCUCCCUAUAAUUGUUUCUUUUAUACUUUUCGUUUGCACAUUUUCCUCACUUACUUUUAAUACUUAAUCUUUUAAUAAAUGUUUAAUGGCUAUGAAUGCUUUUAUUGAUUUAUUUCAUCACCUGUGAGUGAUAAUUGCAUUUUCCUCUUCAUUUCCUUAAUGAAUGGGAGUGAUUUUCUCUGUGAUAAUCCCCUUCCUGUCUUAAUAUAGUCUACUGGGUGGAUUAAAGGUUUUUAAACUAUCUUUUUAGUUCACAGGCAUCUAACUUAUAAAAAGCUCUACCUAGGAAGAUGCACCUAAGGAAAAACAUCUUGGGAGACAUCACCAUUAGAAUAGGAUUUAGGUAAUAAGAUUCUGGACUUAGAACCGGAACUUUGUGCUGUAAUUUGAUGAAAUUUUGUGAGUGUUUGGAUGUAUUUUGCGCAUGAAAUAGAGGUAAAAUCUUUUAGCUACAGAACGAAGUUUUGCAGAUUACUUGCAGUGAUUGCACAAAAAUCUCUCAGAUCCCUUAUGUCUCUUUAGAAUGCAACUUUGCACCCUUUUCCAUCAAGAGGUAGAGUCUAAUUCCCUUCUUCUUCAAUCUGAGAUUACUUUCUAACUUGCUUUCAACAACCAAAGGUGACAACAGUAAAUUAGCAUGACUUCAGAGUAUAGGCCUGAAGAGGAAUAAUGGCCUUUGCUUCCACCUGUGCAACCUGAGACUUGUUUUCUAUUUAUGUCUAGGCUGCAGGAAACUGAGUGGCCCAGUAGAAAAGAACUGAGAUUCUCCAACUUGCAGCCAGCACAACUGCCAAAUAUAUUAGUAAUUUUGGAUCUUACUGUUUAAACCACCACAUUCCAACUAAAAUGGAGCUACAAGAGUGACCUUAGACAAAACCAAUCUACAGAGUCAAGAGAUAAUAAUAAUGUCAUUCAUGUGUAUAUUACUAAACUGUGGAUGGUUAUAUAGCAAGAGACAACCGAAAUAUUCAUCAUAUUGUCCCCACUCCUGUUAUAAAAUCUUUAUUCAGUCUCCAUUGCAAUUGAAUAAAAUUAAAUUCUUCCUCAUACCCAAAACACACACGCUUUAUAAUUUAUCACAUGUUGUUGCAUCUUCCUUUACUCCAUCCAUUAUUACCAAAGUCAUCCAGCUCACUUGAGAUCACAGGUGACUCUACUGUGAGCUCUUUUUUGAGUUUUUCAGAUGGAGGUAGUUUAAAUCACUAGAGCCUGGAUAACUCAAUGUUGGGAAUAAUUGGAUAAUGAGGAAGACUUAGUUUCCCAUAUCUAGAGCUCAGCAGUUUCAGCCUAUAAUUUUCCCCACAGUUUAGAUGGAAUUCAGAUUUUAAGAUAGGGCGAGGAAUGUAUCUGGAAAUGGACCAUCCAUGGCAACUUCCUGGUAAAUUUCCAUGGUAGAGUGACUUCUCCAGAAACUCAGUCUUUUCAAAGCAACCUGUGCUUUUUGGCCUCUAGGAAACAAAGUAGUCUCCAAAUUCUUCAAAGACAAAAUAUGACAAUUUAUUAAUUGCCAAGGAUAAAUGUAAAUGUCAAGUGGAUUUGGAUAUAAUUGAUAACUGUAAGCUCCUUUACUAAUUGUAGGAAAACACAUAGGAAGAAAAAUUGUAAUAGAUAUUUUCUUUGUGAGUGCAAAAUUUUAAAAAUGACAACUUAGCUCAAAGAAAUUAGUUUGAUGAUUUCAAUUGCUUAUCAUAAAUAAAUAUGUAUAUUCACCCCCAAACUAAAUGUACCAGUAGAUCAAACUGAGCAACGUUUUCAAGUGCCUCUUUAUUUGAUGAUGAAUUAUGGAUAUUGCUAUUAUUUUCUUCACUUAGGCAUGUUGUAUUAGGUUUUCUUAAUCACCAUAUUCCUUUACUGAUAUGUCAUUUUUCUGGUAUAUUAUAAAUGAGGUUUAGGUACUAUUAGGACUUUUACAUUAGUUUUAUCUAGAGAAGCUAUUUAUGAAAGUUGGUGCUGGAUUGCGGAAACCAGAAAUCUUAUACUUGCAUCUGAAAGCUUCCAGAUUUGACUUCUGAAGUUUUUUGUGUGUGUUCUCUUUAUCAUUAAAAGAAUAUACAUCUUUAAAUAUGAUUGUUCACUUUUUUUUUUGUCAAUCUCAUCACUAUGACCAUUGUGACUAACGCAUAGGAUUUUUUGACUAGGGAUUGGCUAAGAUUUCUUGCCAAUGCUAGGCUGGGCGCGGUGGCUCAUGCCUGUAAUCCCAGCACUUUGGGAGGCCAAGGUGGGUGGAUCACAAGGUCAGGAGAUCGAGACCAUCCUGGCUAACAUGGUGAAACCCUGUCUCUACUAAAAAUAGAAAAAUUAGCCGGACGUGGUAGUGAGAGCCUGCAGUCCCAGCUACUCAGGGGUCUGAGGCAGGAGAAUGGCAUAAACCCAGGAGGUGGAGCUUGCAGUGAGCUGAGUGAGCCAAGAUCAUGCCACUGCACUCCAGCCUGGGCAACAGAGCAAGACUCCAUCUUAAAAAAAAAAAGAUUUCUUACCAAUGCUAAAGAGUACUAUAGGUCACCAAUUAAAAGUGUUGGUUUCUAUACCCAUUUAGGUGAAUAGAAUGAUGGAUUUUUGGAUUGUAGUUUUAGCACAGACUGAGAUGCAGCUGAGAUAGAUGGUAAUCUUAAUUAUUCAUUCUUUCUUUCUAAUAGUAUUUAUUGAAUGGCUAAUAUGUACCAGGAAAUCUUGUGUGUGCCUGGGGUACAUAUGUGGUGAAAAGAAUUUUCUAUUCUCAUGACUCUGGCAUUCAAGUGGCUAUUCUCCAUAUUUUGGGAUGUUUCUAUCAUUUUGAAGAUCUGAAUAAUCCUAGAAUCAAGAUUUAAUAAUGUAACAACUGUGUUAGAGAAAGAUAUACAGGAUCACAGCUGUGUGACUAAAGUAUAACAAUCUUAUUUACUUUUUAAAAUCUUAACACUUCAAGAAAAUUAAACCCUGAAAGAUUAGCAUUUUAUUUUUAGAUCAAACCACUACUACAUUCAUAAGACAUGAAAUAGGGUCAAACAGUUUUAAUGUUUAAAGAAACACUAGUUUUGUCUUAAAACAUUUAAAAAUACAUUGUUUUGCUUUAUAGUGUACAGUCUUUUGACAAUGGCUAUCUGAAAGCUUACGCAAGCAAAUGAGAUGAAAAGCUUGUGUUAUAUAUAAUACAUGUCCACUUUUUAGUUAACAUAGUUCUCAGAAUGAAAACAAUAAGACAGUUCAUUAAUAAGUAGCAGUGAAUCAAAAAGCACAAAGGGAGAGCCAUUUUAAUGAUUCUUAGGUAGCAAAAAAUAAUUUGAUGUGCAUAUGAACUUAGCCUUCUCCCUAUUUGUAAAAUCCCCCUUACACUAUUUGUAAGAUCAUUCAGUCUCAUGGCUUUACGUUUCUUCUACCUGCUGUUGACAUUCAAACCAAGGUUUCUAUAUAAGACUGUUCUGCUGAACUCCGAAACUCAACUUCUCACUUUUCCUCUGAAACCGGAUUUAUCUACUUCAGUUUGAUGAGAACUUCCUCCUUCAAGAUGCUAAGGGAAAAUUCUGGAGUCAUAUUUGAUCGAUUGCUUUCUCUCAUAUCCCACACUUAAUAUUUCAGGAAAUCUGUUGGUUUCUCCUUCAAAGUAUAUGCAAAAUCUGACCCCUCUUCUCUGCUGUCCCCGAGCUGAGUCAUUAGCAUCUCUCAUUUUCGUUAGCAUAAUAGCCUCCAUAUUGGUCUUAAUACUUCUACCCUUCUAACCCACAGGAUGUACCUUUGGGAAUGAAAACUCAUGUAGGAUCUCCCCUUUUUGCUUAGAAGUCCAACUGAAAGUCCUUAUAAUGAUUCCCACUCUUUUCACCCUCCUUUCCUUUCUGACUUUAUCUUCUGCUACCUCCCCAUCACUCCCUUCUGCUAGGCACGCUGAAUUCUCUUCCACGCUGGCCCUCACCAUAGAGCAUUCACACCUGCCAGUUCCCCUUUCCAUCACCCUCUCAGUGAGUUCGGCUCAGACAGUCCUCCUUGAAACCGUGGCUGUUCUCCUGUUCCCCUCCCCUGGCAAGCCUUAUCCACUGUUCCUCCCCCAAUUUUACCCAAAGGAAUUGUCAGCUAAUAUCCUAUAUCAAAUAUUUAUUCUUGCUAUUCAUAGUUUAUCUGAAUAUAAUUAAUGUAAGCUCCAUACAAAUAUUGCUUUUUGCUUGUUUUCUGACUAGAUUAUAACUGGCGCUUAGAAGGGCCCUGGAUAAAUAGUCAUGGGACUCAUAACAAAAUUUCAGUCAGCAAUGGACUACAUAUUCAACACUGAUCCUGUAGGAUUUCAAUACCAUAUUUUUACUGUCCCUUUUCCAUGUUUUCAUAUGUUUAGAUACUUACCAUUGUGCUAGAAUUGCCUACAGUAUUAAGUAAAAUAACAUGCUCUACAGCUUUCUAGCCAAGGAGGAAUGGGCUAUACCAUAUAGCCUAGGUGUAUAGAAAGUGAUACCCUCAGCCGGGCACAGUGGCUCACGCCUUUAAUCCCAGCAUUUUGAGAGGCCGAGGCAGGCAGAUCACCUGAGGUCAGGAGUUUGAGAUCAGCCUGGCCAACAUGGUGAAACCUCUUCUUUACUAAAAAUACAAAAAUUAGCCAGGUGUGGUGGUGGGCAUCUGUAAUCCCAGCUACUCAGGAGGCUGAGGCAGGAGAAUUGCUUGACCCCAGGAGGUGGAAGUCACAGUGAGCCGAGAUCCUGCCACUGCACUCCAACCUGAGCAACAGAGUGAGACUCUGUCUCAAAAAAAAAAAGAAAAAAAGAAAAGAAAAUAAGGUGAUACCCUCUAGAUUUGUGAAAGUACACUCUGUGAUGUUCACAUAAUGAUGAAAUAUCCUAACACAUUUCUGAGAACGUAUCCACGUCAUUAAGCAAGGAAUGACUGUAUGUUCUAAAUGAAUGCAUAAAACUCUUGUGGUUUUCAGUAAACCUUAUUCGAUGGUUAGCAGAAGGGAAACAGGAUCUUAUUUGAUGAAUUGAUAAACGUAGUGUAAUAUAACUAGAAAAUGUAAGAGUUUCAGACAACUAUUCCUUUUACACUUUUACCAUUGUAUAAGCAAUUUUCAUUUAGUGUCAUUCACUGUUAAGUAUGAUGAGGAAGAAAUUAAAUAGACGUUUCCUUCUUGCUGGCUCUUGCCAACUGAAGUAUAGAAACUAUAUAUAUAUAUACAUAUAUAUAUAUAGUUUCAUGAUUAUAUAUGUAUGUAUACACACACACACACACACACACACUCGGUUUAAAUGGAAUACAGCCUUAGAGUGUUUGUGGCAGUUAUAUUAACUAAAGGCUCUCAAUAAAGGACAAGCAUUCUAAGGGGAAAAAUAUUCAGAUAAACAAGCUUUAGAGUAAGUAUUCUUAAAUUUUGUAUCUCUUUAGAGCUGAUGAGUUUUACAUAAUUUAAUUUUUGAAAUUUUUCUAGUAAUUUAUUUUAUUAUACUUUAUACUAUAUUUAUUUUUAUAUUAAAUAUACUGUAUUUAUACUAUAUAUUUUUAUUACACUUUACAAAAGUAUUGAUCCACAAAUGGAUCUGCAUUUCUUCAUCACAAAUAUUUCAAAAAGCACUGGGGUAAAGGGAAUAAUAAUAAAGAAUAAUAAGUAUAAUUCCAAGCUAUAUGUAUUAUCUUUAUGUCUCAGGGUGAUACUUGCAUUCCCUUCUUUCUAUAUGUAUAUAUAAAAUAAGUAUCAUCAAAACUAACAUGUAGGGUUGUUCAAAUAUCUACAAUGUUAUGCAUUGUGUACCAUGCACAGAAUAAAAAAUAAAUAUUAUUAAUGUA